AUGCUCUCCGACGAGGACGCCGAGUACGACACCGCCGACACCGCGGGUGAAGCAUCUACAAUCAACGCUAUGGGAUCCAGGAAAGCCGGUCUGGGGACUGGCACAAAUAGUGCUGUUGGUGAGAACGAUGAGGUGGAAUUCAGUGAUCGUGAUGCAUCAGGAGAGGAGCUUGACGAAGAUGCUGAAGGCGAGCUCGACGAAGAUGCCGAAGGCGAGGAAGACAACGACUACGUAAUGCAUCAACAAAUUGCUAUCCAUGGUCCCAACGGCCAUGGUCGCAACGAUGUCGAGGAGGAGGAGGACGUGGACGCCGAGGGAGAAGAAUACGACCAAGACGAGGGUGUGGGCGCUGUCAAAUUCAAGCCCGGAGAAACAGAUGACGAAGAAGUGGAUUUAGAGAGCAACGCAUCUGAUCCGCCCAGUGCCCUCGAGGAUGAGUCAGACGAGGAGGUUCCGUGGGAAGACGCGAGGGGUGUGGGUGAAGAAGACGAAGACUCGGAGGCGGUUCUGACGAACAACUGCAUAUUCUGCAAGCAAGAUGAGGAAAACGACCCCAGUGAGGACUUUGAAGCGUUCCUGUCUUGUGCAGGCUGCGGGGAAAACGCGCAUCAGCAAUGUGCCCGCGAUUCGGCGGCUAUGAGCGAGCAAAACAAUCCCAAAAAUUGGAAGUGCCCCGAGUGCUUCCAUGGCGAUUCCGACAUCGAGGAGCAAGAGGACCAAGAGAUGGACGAUCAAGGUGUGGAUGACGCCCAGUUCACAUCACAGCAGUCGGAUGUCCACGAGCUUCCUGGAGAAAUAUUGCCCUCUCAGUCGAGAAUGGAUGGCUCAUCGUCUCCUUCCGCCCUCACCGAAGAUCCUACCAUGGACGACGAGAUGGACGGUUCCCGCACGCUGAGGAAACGAAAGUCAUCAUCUCUAGAAUCCGAGGAUAAUGCCGUGUCCCUCAGAAAACGCCGACGGAAUCAGUCCAAUGAACCGAACUCGUCAAACGAGGACGCAAUGGAUAACGAAAACUCGGCGGAAGCUACAAGGCAACAUCCCUCAAGAGCUCGACUCAAAGUUUCGAGACCGCCACCAGUCAUCAUUGAGAAACGUACCCGAAACGCCUUGGUUUUGAAGAUCCAAGUCCGACCCGGCAACCUCAAGGAAAUCCUCUCUCGGAGAAAACGCGACAGAAGACGACCUCCAGCAGGGAGUGCUACUAGACCAGCGCCUCAGCGCCCAGCAACCAUUGCCGCGACACCAGUAGCAGCGGCAGCGGUAGCGGCAACCCCCAAGAACGAUCCUCCUCCGGUCUCUAUUCUCCCAACGCCAUUUACCUCAGAUGCUUACUCACAACCCUUCUACUCGUUCUUCGAUAGAGAGACGGAGGAUAUGAAAGGCAAACCCUAUGGCGGUAUUUUGUCGGAAAUUGAGGCCGAUACCUCGAAAACACUCCCCAUACCCGAGGAUCGCCGGAAAUUCGACGAAGCUAAACAAAAGGCUGAAGACGAAUGGAGGGCCCGCGUCCUCGCCAUGCAGGCCGAGGCCGACGUCCCCAUUCGAAAAUCCAAGAAGUCGUCCGAAAAUGCCAGUCAGAUUGAGUGCAUUGAGUUCGGGGGCUGGGAAAUCGAUACCUGGUAUGCAGCACCAUAUCCAGCUGAGUACAGCCGAAACCGUGUGUUGUAUAUCUGCGAAUUCUGCCUCAAGUACAUGAACUCGGACUAUGUCGCGUGGAGGCACAAGCUCAAAUGCCCAGCAAAGCAUCCGCCUGGCGAUGAGAUAUAUCGGCACGGCUCCGUGUCAGUAUUUGAGGUGGACGGUCGCAAAAACCCCGUCUACUGCCAAAACCUUUGCCUUCUUGCCAAGUUGUUCCUUGGCUCAAAGACGCUUUACUAUGACGUGGAACCCUUCCUCUUCUAUGUCCUCUGCGAAUACGACGAUUGUGGCUACCACUUUGUGGGAUAUUUCUCCAAAGAAAAACGGGCUAGUAGCCAGAACAACGUCUCAUGCAUUCUGACAUUGCCCAUUCACCAGCGGAAGGGCUAUGGCAAUCUUCUCAUUGAUUUUUCGUACCUACUCACAAAAGUCGAACAGAAGACGGGCUCACCAGAAAAGCCCUUGUCAGACAUGGGCCUGGUAUCUUACCGCAACUACUGGCGCUUAAUUUUGUGCCGGUACUUCCUCAACGUCAUGGACGGGGAGGAGUUCAAGAAACAAGGCCUCAGCAUCAAACGCAUAUCCGAUGACACAGGAAUGACAGCCGAUGAUGUAAUCGCUGCCUUGGAGGGUCUGCGUGCCUUGGUGCGAGAUCCACAUACGAAGCUUUACGCGUUCAGAGUGGACGUGGACUACUGUCGACAAUAUGUGGCCAAGUGGGAGUCCAAGGGGCAUGUGAGGUUGAAACCCGAAGCUCUCGCUUGGACUCCGUAUGUGAUGGGGCGCAGCAAUGCAACCAACUUUGAGCUUGGCCCGCCCAUCAAUACAAUUGCGCCUCGCGAAGAUGACGAGGCGAAAAUUGACGAGGGUCUUGAGACUGGUGGCACCGAGAGCCAGCCAACCACCAAUGGCGAGACGAAGAGCGCAUCUGAGCAAGGGACGGAACGCCUGCGAGAAUCAGCUGAAGCGGAGGAUGGUGCUGUGCUGGAACCAGUCGAUUCUGUUGAGAAGAUGGCUGCCGCUAACGACGAUGAGAGUGCGUCCCUUAAAGAUGAAGAGAUGCACGAUGUUGCGGAAGAUAGCGGAGAGCCUUGGGAACUGCCCUACCGGGGUAUCCCUCCUUCACGUUUCGAGAUAUUCCCUACCGUCACAGGGAGUCGGCGCGCCGAUCGAUCGCGCCAGAGUGGGAGUCGCCCAUCCGCGCCGCGAACUGUUAGUAGCAGCUCAAGGCCCAAGCGGCCUGGCGGGAGCAGCAGCCAUCGACCCACACCAUCACGCCCGAAGAGUUCCAAGAGCUCCAAAAGCUCGUCAAGGCGAAAGAGUGGCGGGACUGGCCGGGGGCCUGGGCGAUGGCCAAAGGGAACUAAGAAGGCCGACUAUGGCAAUGCCGAUAGUGGCCCUGGCCUUCCACCUGGGUGGAGAGACAAAGAGCCACAACCCCAACUGCAGCCAAUUACCGAAGGUCAGGACCCUCCAAAGGAACCUGAACAGGUAGAUGGUUCGCCCGUGGGUACACCUGCGCACGAUUCAGUUGUCGUGUCGACUGAGACGGCCAACGGCGUGCCGACUAAUGCAGACGGCGUCGAUCACGACGCGUCCGGGGCCGAAACCGAUCAGGAACAUAAUGAACCCAUCGAAGAGGAUGUCGACGCCGAAGGCGAGGAUGUGUGA